AUGGACAGCGAGCUACGAACGUGGGACUUGUACGAACUGUCGGGGGCCGUGAACCCGGACACACUGGAAGCGAUGAAGGCCUUGUUUCGUCGAUUCCGUGGACUGCGACAGAAGGGCAUCGAGGGUGUCGAGUACGGCGCACUUCAGGAGUCGUGGUGUGCGUUCGUCCGGCGCUGGAACCGGAUGAAGGAAGCUGGAGCAGACUUUGUCGCUUGGCUCAAUCACCGUGAGGCUGCCAUCGAAGAGCAUUCACUCAGUGAACUACGCCACAGGAUCUGCGGCUUCACAUACCACGACGUGCACCGCAUGUGCUACGUUCACGUUGCUGAAGGCUGCGACUCUUGUCUACGUCCCCGGCCUACUGAAGAAGAAUGGCGCGCGCACAUCGUCGAGCGGCCGCUCGGUGAAGACGAGAAAAGCUGGAUCCAACGGUACCGACGCUCUCUCUCCGAAUUCGCUCGAUCAGUUAACAUCGCCGGCUCACGUUGGCGACGUCCUCAGCGGAGUCGCUCUCCGCCGAUGCAUCGUGGGAUCGCUGUUGGCAACACACAUUCUCGAUCACGUUCACGUUCCCGUGGACGCCUACAUCGACGAUCUCAUUCUCCAGCUCGUGGUCGGCGAUCUCAAUCCCGUUCACACUCGUUUCGGCCCGACUAUUGGACUCGGCAAGCGUCGUCUCGUAGUCUCGAACAACGUCCGGAACAUCCCGGAGGAGAUUGGAUCGCGGCUCCCACGUAUCGUCCUUCGGAAAUAAGCCAAGCCAGUGAACCCUAA